AUGACACCCACCCCCCGCCCCAGCCCUAGUCCCCACGGCAACCGCAACAGCCACAGAAGUGUCCUAGGCUCUCACAAGUGUCCUGCGGGUGCUAAAGGCAGCAGCUCCGGGUGUUCGGCCACUGUUACUCACGACGAGGAGCCCCAAAGGAAAAGCAGCCCCCCAGGACACAGCGGACGGACGUCACCAGCCCUUCUGCUGCAGUUCUGUCUCGUGUCUGUCUUUUUCUCUGCAGCUCAGCUAAGCGGCCUCGUCUCUGAGCCCAGCCCAGUCCCAGAGAUGUCUACACCGUCACACUCAGCACUGGAUCAGCACCCAGCCUCCACUUCGGCCAAAGCUGCGAAACGUCCUUGCCGGCCGUCCCGCUGGGCCCGGGAGACCCCGGUCACGAGCAGCGACUCUGCUGGCUCCUCUCUGUCUCUCGGAGGGCCCGAGCGGGUCUGGCCCCUGCAGCAGGACUGUCUCGGCUCCUCUGCCUGGACCCCUGUGUCGGCCCUUCUGUGCUGA